ACGAGAUGGCGGCGCUGGGCGAGCCCGUGCGGCUGGAGCGAGACAUCUGCAGAGCAAUUGAAUUGCUGGAGAAAUUACAGAGAAGUGGAGAAGUGCCACCACAAAAGCUUCAAGCAUUGCAAAGGGUCCUUCAAAGUGAAUUCUGUAAUGCUGUAAGAGAGGUGUAUGAACACGUGUAUGAAACUGUGGAUAUCAGCAGUAGCCCAGAGGUUAGAGCUAAUGCAACAGCAAAGGCCACAGUAGCUGCAUUUGCUGCUAGUGAAGGUCAUUCUCAUCCCAGAGUGGUUGAACUACCCAAAACUGAAGAAGGUCUUGGCUUCAACAUUAUGGGAGGCAAAGAGCAAAAUUCUCCAAUUUAUAUCUCUCGAAUUAUCCCUGGAGGUAUAGCUGACAGACAUGGAGGCCUGAAACGUGGAGACCAGCUGCUAUCUGUAAAUGGAGUGAGUGUUGAAGGUGAACACCACGAAAAGGCAGUGGAACUGCUGAAGGCAGCUCAAGGAAAGGUUAAAUUAGUUGUGCGAUACACACCAAAAGUCCUUGAAGAAAUGGAGUCAAGAUUUGAAAAAAUGAGAUCAGCAAAACGAAGGCAGCAAAAUUAACACUGUGUGCAAUAACUUAAAGUGAAUUCCUUUUGCAUUUUAUAGUUUCUUUGUGACUCAGUUGAUCCAAUGCCUGUCGUAAGACCCUGUCCUUUUCAUAGAAUCCUGGAACAAUUGAGGUUGGAGGGACUAGAUGUAGUCCAUUCCCCAUUACCCAGCUCAGAUGAGGACCAGCUAGAGCAGGUUUCUCAGGAGUGUGACAAGAUGGCUUAUUAGACAUCUCUAAGGAUGGACACUCCAGAAGAUCUCUGGACAGUCUGUUCUAGUGUUUUGCUCUCCCUUACACUAUGAAGAUCCAUUUCUAUGUUUAAGUAGAGCUUCUGGUAUUUCUAUUUGCACCCACUUCCUCUUGUCCAGUCACCAGAUUUACUGGGAAGAGUUAGGCUCUUCCUUUAUUCCUCCCUUUCAGGCAUUUACACAGGUUGGUAAGAUCACCUGAGCCUUCUCCAGGUAAGAGAGACAAUCCCAGUUCUUCCAACUUCUUGUCUGUAAGAUACUCCAAUCACUUAAUCACCGUCGUGGCCCUUAAUUGGAUUCACUCUUGUAUGCCCAUUUCUGUAUUGGUCUGGGGCCAGAACUAGACCCAGCAUUUGAGUUGUGUCUCACGAGGACUGAGCAGAGGGGAAGAAUCCCCUCCCUCAGCUUGCUGGCAGUGCUCUUUUCAGUGUAGACCAGGAGACUGUUGAGCUUCUUUGCUGCAAGGGCACGUGGUGGCUCAUGGCUUGCUACUGUUCUCUGCAAGGCUGCUUUGCAGCUGGUCAGUCCCCCAGUCUGUACUGGAGGAUGAGGUUAUUCGCCCCAGGGUAGACUUUGCACUUUUCUUUGUUGAAAUUUGAGACUUGUUUGCCCAUUUCAUCAGCCUGCUGAGGUCCCUUUGAAUGGUUUGCUGAGAGUGUGAUCUGUCCCAUCCCUGGGUUGUUAGUAAAUACAUGCAAGAUUGUGGACCCCAGUGUGGGCCCUGGGGUGAAUUGAUAGUGACUGGCAUCUGGACAUUUUGCCACUGAUCACAACAAUCCUCAGCAGUUCAGCCAGUUUCAAAAUGUGUUCAGUCUUCUUGUGCUUCACAGUUUAGGAGGAAUGUGUAGGUUUAGAAUGGCCUAAAAUGUCCUGGGAAAGCAUAUAUGGUGAAUUCUAUUGAUUUUUUUAAUAAGUCUUGUGUCAGUCUUUCAAGCAAGAAAGUGAAUUUACAGAUUUUUCAAAGGCAUUUAAUAACAUAUAGUUGUACACUCAGCAUCUUUUUUUUUCCUGCUUUCUUUUGACAUUAGUUAGCAUAGAGUCUGCCAGGAGUUUUGCUAACUGACUUUUGGAAAACAAAACAAAACAAAACAAAAAAAAAAAAAAAAAAAAAAAAAAAAAAAAAAAAAAUUUCUUAUAUAACAGUAUUUUGGCACUUUUCUUAAGAAUAUGUUGUAUGUCAACUACAAAAUGUAAUCACAAUCUACCGCGUACCUGAUAACAAUACCAGAUUUUGUAAUGUUUUUGGUAAGUACAUUUUUUUUUACAUUUCUGCUAAAUUAUAAUUCACUACUCUGGAAAUUUUAUUACCUCUCCUGUAAAUAAUUUACAGUUGGUGUUCUUAUGUAAUGAUGUUGUAAUAGCCAACAUUUACAAAUUUGCAACAAUCAUUCCUGUAAUUUACAUUAUUUUGUACUAAUUUUUAAGCAGUUACAGGGAAAAACAUGAUUGCUGUUCUGGAUUGACUCUAGAUAUAUUUUUGUAUUGAGAAACAGAAGAUAUAUAAAUGCAGUGCAAAAGAAUCCCAGAUGUUUCCCUGACUUUCUGCUGUGUAAAAGAAAUAUUCACCUUAAUUGUCAUAUCAUUCUUGUCUUUCCGGUAUCUUGUAUUUUAGUCUUGUUUGCAUAUUGAAUGUAUUGGUUCUGGAAUUUUAAGUACCUAAAUUACUGAUUGUUAUUGUUCUAAGACUAAAAUGUUCUGAGUCUUAUGUGCCAGGUUACUGUGACGUUGAACUUGUUUGGGGCUUUAUUACUGACUGCUUUUGACUUGGGGGAUUCUUGUUUGUACUACAGAAGUACUACAUCAUGAUAGCCAAGUAAGGACAUCUCCAUCUGUAAACAAUUACUGUUUUAUCUCUUGUAUUCUUGAUGGUGGCAUGGAUUCUGUGUGUACCAGUUAGAAGAUUUCUGGACAGCGAUCCACUUUUUGGAAUCUACCAGGUUUGAUGCUGUACUUACGUAGUUUAGGGUUUGGGCUUGGUUUGGGUUUUUUUUAAGUUUCACCUUUUGAAGAAUUAACUUCAUUGUCUACUGGGUAUCAGUUCACUUGUAUGGCAGCUAUGAGUACAUCCUAACUGACUAUUAGUAAUUUGAUUUUUAGAGGCUUAAAACUGAAAAGUACAGUUUUUGCAACGUGGCUAAUCCCUAGUCUUAUUUCACAUGAACCAAUAUGUGAAAGAAAGGAAAAGGUUAGUAAUCUAAAUAUGACAUCUUGAAGCUUGUGCUUUGUCAGUUGAUCUGUUUGGGAAAAGAAAGUGGUUCCUAUGGGCAAGUGAGAAAUGUGAUUGCUUUCUGCAUGUUUGUAAGCAUGAUAAGCCUGCAAAGAGAAGUUUGGGAGAUACUGGUAAUUUGAAAAUGCAGUAUAAAUAUUUAUCAGUUAGAUGACAUUGAGCACUGAAUUGCAUGGUUGGUUUUAUGUCAUAGGCCUCUUUUAGAAGGCCUCAUGUUACUGAUACAACCGUGUUGUUGAAUUGUAUAUUUUUAUGAAACACCUAAUGUUUAAAGUAUUGAGACCAAAAUCACUAGUUAGACCAAUUGUGGAUGUAUUUUAAUUUAAUUGUUAAUUAGUAGAGAUAUGUUAUAGAGCCAUAUAUAAAUAUAUAUAUUACAGAAAGGUAUGGAUACAAGAUAGGAAUGUUCAUUUUACAAACUGUAUCCUUUGUAUUACUGAGCAAGAAGUGUGUUUUGUUACUCUAAUGAAAUAUUUACUGCAGCUAGAGCUGCUAAAUGCAGUAGCAUUUUCAUUCUGAAUUGUAGCAUUUGGUUAUGGUUUGUCAACUACUAUAAAAUGUGGUGAAGUAUAUCUAGGUAUAUAAAUAGUACGUGUAGAAUUUGAUGAUUUUUUUUUAAAUUGCAGUAACAAAAAAUCAAUAACUAUCAACUAAUUAAUAAUAGUCUUUGAUACUAUGAGAACCCUUUAAUAAUAAGGAAAGGGUCAAUUAAAAAUACUCCAAGAAACUUGAUCUCUGUUACUACUGAGCAGUGCCUGUACUGUGUUAAUAUGCAGUCCCUACACACUACUCAUACUUGGGUAUAGAAACAAAUUAAGAAGAGGUAUAAUUUCUGCAAGUAACUUCUGCAUCUGAUGCUGCUGUGAAGAAUCUUUGAGUUUUAUCAACAGAAAAAUAAAAAUUCAGUUUCACACA